AUGGCUCUCGCACGCCUCAUCCCCAAGAGCAAGGACGAUGACUACUCUCCAGUAGUCUCGUCGCCUCUGAACCCUGAGAGCUGCUACCAGGCACAAAUGUGCCAGCAGUACAAGACUCAGAGAAGAAUCACUUUAGCCGGACGCCCAACUUCAAAGCAGAGGAGCCCUACCCAGCUUCUGAUGAGGAACAAGGCCGCCGUCGCUUUCCACCACCACGCCAUUGCAGUUAGCCAAUCGAGGGGCCAUCAUGACCUGUGGGCGGUCAGCGGCGAUAUAGGUGCCGGGAGAAGACCGUCAUCGAACUUGCUGCAUGUCGGCAAACAAGGGAGGACGCUCCGCUGCCCAACCAAGAUCUCUGGCAGGAACUACAGCAGUAGCACCGUGACACCAUCACAUCCAAAACACGCAAUAUUCCCCGCACCUGUGGGUGUCUCCUUCGACAGCAUCAUCAGCAGCUCCGUCGGCGACGGCGACGACAAUGUUUUUGAGACGGAGGAAGAGGAAAAGGUGCAUCUGCUGACGCUGCAGGUAAACGGCGACGAUUUCAGGGUCGACUUUUCCGGCGUCACCAUCGACCCCAUGACGACGAUGACAACGACGGCGACAACAGUGCUCAUGCAAAGGCCGCGAACCAUCCGGGAUUUAUGGUCGACACCCGGGAGGAUGCUGGGCGGGGCUGCCGCCGUCUGCUGCUUAUUAUUACUUUUCUUUGUCAAAAUUGAAGCGCUGUUUAGCAACUGGUUUAUGCAGUGA